AUGGCUUUGAAUGAUGAUUUGUCAUUAACAUCAUGGGAUAAGACAGAGGACCCGACUGUUGUCUUGGACCUCCCCUUCGACACCCCUACUACCCUACCACAGCCCCCAUCGUCCCAAGGCCCGGGACUAGAGCUGCCUACCUCCCCUAGUGGGACUCUAUCGACUUGUUCGUCAAGUGAUGUUGCCUAUGGUAUGUCCUCACCUCCUUUUAGUGCCGUUCCCCCACUAAGUGCUCUAGAGGCCCCGAAUGCUGCUCUUACUUCUACUCCUCAGCAAAGUGCCUCGGGCUUCCUAGGUGCUGGUCUCCCCUCUACGGGUUUGUCUACCGCGUUCGUCAACUCCCCGUCCGAUAGCGUAUUAUCAACGAUCGGCCAGGAGCCCGGACUCGAUGCCUUGAGCCGUAUAAUAGCUGCCAGGUGUGUUGACCCACUCACUCUGCCGCAGGCCGCUGUACAGGACUACAAUGAUGAUGACCACAAACAACAGCAGCCGGCUCCAAAGAGGGCUAGAGCUGCGGAAUCUCAGCAGUAUGAUGGUGAUGCUCUGUGGGGAAGUGGACUGACUGCUCCUAGUGCUGGUGGUAGCUUGCCUCCUCCUCCGACACAGCGUCCUACCUUACAGCAGAGUGGUGGUCUUAGCCCCUAUAUGAUGCUGAAUUCCAUGCGUAAAAAGGAGUAUGCUGCGCCCCCUGGGGUCUGGAAGAAUUCAGGUGGGUACAUCUCGACUGUAUACGUGAAUAAAAGGCGUGUUUAUGGGCCUUUGCGGAAGACUUUGGCGGAGUCAGUUCGUGAUAGGGAGGAAAUGCUGAUAGCCAAAGAGAACCAUGCAUCGGAAGAGGAGAUACGAGAGUUGGUGGCAGCACUGAAGGGAAUCAACGGUGGGGGAAGCUCACGGGCCUCUAGCAAGGGUCGAAAGCAUCGUAAGCCUCGGAAGUCUAGUAAGACUAAAACCAAUAGUACUACCACUACAACAACAACGAGUACUACUACCAGUAGUACAGGUAGCGAGGAAGGGCUGUUCCCCACUAUUCCGGAGACCGAUGCCGCCGGGCCGGCUAUGGAGUUACCGUCCUUAGCGACUCGAUUUCAGAAUGAGAACUACUUUGGUGGUUUCUCACCAGAUGCAUUCGGAUUCGCCCAAUAUUAG